AUGCAAUCACUUCUUCUAGACAGGGCAGUCGGAGCUAUAGGGAACGUGGAAUUUGCCACGACAGUAUCGGAAACAUCGCUUUCUUUCCUUAAGCAGAAUGCUCUUACCUCUGUGUUUCCUCACAAUUGCCACCACAAUGCAAGUGUGAAUAGCAUGUCUCUAGAAGGAGACAACCGGUUCCUUCUAAGUGGAUGUGCCGACUCAAGUAUCAAAUUAUGGGAUUUACAAAGUCAGGAGCAUAAAGAAGAAGUUGAACAGAAACAUCAUUCAGACUAUGAUAACUACGACUUUGACCAUCCAGGGUCCACUUUCGCAAACAUUGCUACCAUACCGAGAAAGUCUGCUCAUAAUUUUGGGGUUUCAAGCAUCCAAUGGUGGCCCUAUGAUAGUGGAAUGUUUGUUAGUGCAUCUUUUGAUCACACUGUCAAAGUCUGGGAUACAAACGAAUUACUGCCGGUGCAUACUUUUGAGAUGAAUAAUCGGGUCUACUCUAUUGAUGUGAAUGGGAGCAAGACCUCAACAUACUCCGUAUCUGCUUUGGUAGCAGUAGGCAGUGAUCAGCCAUUCAUUCGUCUUUUAGAUCUUCGUUCUACCUCCAGUGCCCAAAUGCUUACUGGCCAUAAAGGAAAGACUCUAUGCGUUAAAUGGCAUCCCCAAGAUCCAAAUAUUCUAGCCUCAGGAGGCUAUGAUGGUGAGGUCAAAAUAUGGGAUAUUCGUCGUAGCAAGAGUUGUUUGGCCCGCUUGGAUAUGUUAAGGACAAACCUGCAAUCUCUUCAUUCGGACAAUUUGACAAAAGCCUCUGUGAAAGCCCAUCUGGGGCCGGUAAAUGGCUUGCUAUGGAAUGAAUUAGGGACAACGCUUUUUACGGCAGGUAACGAUGACAAAGUUCGUGUUUGGGACAUGGUUUCUUCGUUGGCACCUCCCAUCAAUAAAUUGGUCAACUUCGGACCCUUGACAAGGAACAAGUAUCCCCAAUGCACACCCAUGGUGCUCAACCCUGUAGCCGAAAGUGAACUACAGUAUCUUCUUUUUCCUUCUGAUACUGGUGAUGUGUUCAUGUUCAGAACUGUUGAUGGAAAGAUGGUAUCAAGGCUUUCACGAAAGGGUACAAAAAACAACGGACGAACCACCUCAAUGGUGAAUGCGGGUGCAUUUACUGGUACCUAUUACUGUGGUACAAUGGAUGGAGAGAUCAUCACUUGGUCUCCUCACUGGGAUACACCUAAUCAACGUGAUUUGAUUCCCGAAAGCUUGGAUAUUGAUAGUCAUGAAAAUCGCGAUCGGUUGGCACAAGAAGCUAAAGAUAUUAUCGACAAAGACUCUAAUUUCAAUUUUUAG